UGUUUAACUUUCUUAUUUAAAUUUCAGAGAAUGUCUUCUACUUCCCCCACUAAUCAACAACCAUCCAAUUUAAUUUUCCUACCACCCCCACCACCUUCUCCAUAUAUUUUUCAUUUAAAUUCAACAAAUAUUCCUUUACUUCCACCAACACCAAAUCCAAUUGAAGAACAAUUAAAUUUAAAUUUAUUAAAUUCUUUAUUAAUUAAACAUUUCCAACAACAACAAAAUAAUUUUAAAAAUUCUCUUAAAUUACCUAAUAAUGGGCAACAAAUAAAUAAUAAUGAAUUUAAUAAUAAUAAUUCUUUAUUUACUAACAACAAUACUAAAGUUGAAGAUCCAUUACAAACAUUUCAUCCACCAAAUAAUAUAAUUCUUUUACCCGUUGGUUGUCAUUCAUUGCCAGAUGAGAAACAUAUUCAAUUAUUAGGCUCACCACAAACAAUACUUCCAAUAGCCGUCCAUUCAAAUGUUUUAAAUAAUUUCCCUAUAAAUCCCGUAAUUUUGGAAUCAAAAAUUUCUUCAAAAAUUUUAUUUAAAAAUUGUUGUAAUCAAAAACAAAAUUUAUUGUGUCAUUUACCUAUUGCUAUAAAUAAAACAAUUAAUAAACAACAAAUAAAAGAACAAAAAAUAAAUAAUUUUAUUGAUGUUAGGUAA